UCACUCUGUUCUAGUCCAGCCAAGAGCACCCACCACCCCACUCCCAAAAGAAAAAACUCCAGACAAAGUAAAGAAAGCUUAACACACAGGAGCAGACACACCACCAGAAUUCUCACAAACAACAGCAAUGUUCUCACACUACUUAGUGGAAUACCUUGAUUUUAAGAGUUUGCUUAUAGGGUUUUUCCUUUUUCUACUACUUCUCGACAUCUUUAAGAAUAAAUAUCCAUCCAAUUUUCCACCGGGACCAUGGCCCCUACCUUUUGUGGGGAACAUUUUCACUGGGCUUGACUUUAGAACAAUUGACAAGCUUGCAGAGAAGUAUGGAAAUGUUUUCUGCCUGCGUUGGGGCAGUGAGAAAACUGUGUUCAUCUCUGGAUAUAAAAUGGUGAAGGAGGCUCUCGUUACCCAAAUGGACAGUUUUACAGACCGACCGUUUGUCCCUCUCUUUCACAAAGUCUUUAAGGGACUUGGUAUAGGCCUCAGUAAUGGAUAUUUGUGGAAAAACCAGAGGAAGUUUGUCAUCACACACCUACGGCACUUUGGUGAAGGAAAGAAGAUCCUAGAGAUCAGUAUCCAGCAAGAGGGCAUUUUUCUCUGUGAUGCUUUUAAAGCAGAACAGGGUCCUUUUGAUCCUCAGUUUUUUCUAAACAAUGCAGUCUCAAACAUCAUCUCUGCACUAGUUUUCGGUCAUCGCUUUGAAUACCACGAUGAGAAUUUUCUGAAUGUCCUGCGUUUGGACGCUGAAGCUAUCGUUUUAGCAGGUUCUGUUCAAUGUCAGCUGUAUAAUGCUUUCCCUCGCCUCUUUGAAUACCUUCCUGGCCCCCAUAAGAAGAUUUUUGCCAACUACACAAAAAUAUUGGACUUCUUAAAUGAACAAAUAAGAAAACACAAGGAGGACUUGGAUCCCUCAAAUCCUCGGGAUUACAUUGACAGUUUUCUUCUAGAAAUGGAGAAGAAGAAGAAUGAUCCUGAAGCUGGAUUUAAUGUCGAGACAUUAUUGAUUGCAAUGCUGGACUUGUUUGAAGCAGGAACAGAAAGUGGAGCCACUACACUGCGUUGGGGUUUUCUCUUCAUGAUGAAGUAUCCUGAGAUACAAAAAAAGGUGCAAGCAGAAAUAGACAAAGUGAUUGGACAGUCACGCCAGGCCAGCAUGGCUGACAAAACCAACAUGCCCUACACUGAAGCUGUUGUUCAUGAGAUUCAAAGGAUGGCCAACAUUAUACCUCUGGGCUUCCCCAAAAUGGCGUCUAAAGAUACUAUGCUGGGUGGAUUCUCAAUACCAAAGGGCACAACGGUGAUAACAAACCUGUCAUCUGUGCUUAAUGACAAGAAUGAGUGGGCAACACCAGACACGUUUAACCCAGAACACUUUCUGGAUAAUCAAGGCCAGUUUAUGAAGAAGGAUGCUUUUCUUCCCUUUUCAGCAGGAAGGAGAUCAUGCCUGGGGGAGCAACUGGCUCGUAUGGAGCUCUUUCUCUUCUUUACGUCUCUGUUGCAAUGCUUUACUAUUUCCCAAUGUCCUGAAGAUAAGAUAAGCUUGGAAGGCCAGCUGGGCUUCACAUAUGCACCCAGACCAUACCGCAUGUGUGUGACCCCACGCUAACAGCUCAUACGCAAUUACAUACAUUUUUAAGCUUGCUGUUGUAAUAAACCUUAUCUUGACACUAGUUAUCUGUCCCAACAGCUAUGUUCUUAUUUCUUACUGUAUUUCACUGCCAACCAGGGUGUGUGGAGUGUUUUGUUAACUUAUUUGUUUUUUUUUAAAUAAAGACUGAAAUAUUCCAUUUACAUAAAUAUCCAACAGCCUCGAUUCUGCUUGUGAAUGAUGCUACAAGCUUGACACACCUUCCUCCUGAAGCUUCUUCCAUUCCUCUUGGCAGAAUCAUUACCGCUUAACCACGUUGAAUGGGCAGUGUUUUUGCACAGCGAUUUUCAGGUCUCUUCAAAAAUGCUCAUACGGUUCAGGUCUGGACUUUAGGACAGGAUUUUCCGAAGCCAGUUACAGUGAGAUUAUACUUAUAUAGGCAGGUGUGUCCUUUAUGUUAUGUUGAAUUAAUUUAAUUAGGCACAACUUAACUCCAGUCAAGUUUUAGAAGCAUCUCAAGCUCAAUUGACAAGACUAAAAAGCAGAACUUAAUUGCCAGUGUCUUAAAAAAGGACAUUUAAAGUUUUUUUAAUUAACAGAACACUCCAAGACCCGUUUUAAGGGGAGUGUGAAACAUAACAAAAUGUGUCAAAUUUGUCUGAAUGUCCAACAUUUUGUCAAAACCGUACGUUGAUAUUUAAGACUAGUGUAGUUUGUUUUGUUUCGUUUUGUUGUGACACAUAAAUUAGCAUGAAGUUUACCAGACUUAGAAGUCAUUGUAUUUAAAAUAAAUGUGAUGAUGUAAUUAUUUGGUUUAAAUUGACCUCUCUGAUCCUUAUUUUAAUAUAAUUAUAAUACUGUGUCCUGUAUUUGAUACUAUGAAUAUAUAAUAAAAGAGCAUCCUGUA